UCAUGCAGCAUUUGUUACAUUGGACACUUGUUCUUCAUGGAGGCUGACGACGUUUUUGGAAAGUGGACUUCCUGCAAACUUACAAACAAGGGUUUUUAUUUUUUUACCCCCCCACAUGCCUUGAAGCUGAUUGGUUGCCAGUUGUUAUGGCGAUGACAGGACACGUGCUCGUGUGUUGGGGGUGGGCGGGGUGGUGUUAAAAGGCGUAAGGUUCGGAUGAUGAGGAGAAUAACCUCCAUCCUCCACGUGCUGCAUGCAUUUCUCAUGCCGUAGGAAUUGGCUUGCAGCGGGAAGAAUGUCGCGUGUAUGACCUCUUUGAGUUUGUCGUCUUUCGCGUGCCACUCCAGGACGAUAAUGGAGAUGCAGGUGCUCGCAUUUAUUUGCGCGCUCUUCUUCGUCGUCCUGCGCGCCUCAGCCAUCGACACAGUGAACGUGGUGGACUUCUGCGGCCAGACCAUCCAGGGUGACGGCAUGAUCAUCAACUCCCACCAGGAAUCUAAAAAGUACUACUUUGUAACCAUGGGGACUGACUGCCACCUCACCAUGCAGGCCAGCUCCCCAAAGGACAAUGUCCAGUUCCACUUUCGCUUCUUCCUUGUCUACAGUUUGCUACGAGUGGCCCCUUUGAGUCCGGCCCCUCUUUUGCCAGAGUCCCCACGAGGCUCUGCUCCGCUCAACCCCAAACCGGAGCCCGCCUCUGAGGAAAGCUCAGGGGAUCCCUGUCACGCCGGGUCAUACGUUCAGUUUUAUGACGGAUUGGACAGGAACUCUCCUCCCCUCGGGCCCCCCCUUUGUGGGAAGAGCCCACCGCGCCCAGUGCUGUCCACAGGAAACUACCUGACCCUUCGGCUCGUCACCCGGGGUACACAGCCCAGAGUGGACUUUGUGGGGGACUUCACAUCUUUCAGACUUGGAUUCAACCAAUCAUUGUGCAGAAGUGAGCCCUACUUCACUUGCAGGAAUGGGAAGUGCAUCCCACUGAGUCUGGUGUGCGAUGAUAAGGACAUUGACAACUGCGGGGAUGGAAGCGAUCUGGAACAAAAUCUGACGACAGGGUGCAAAGCAGGCCAGCUUCUACCUCCUGAGCCACCACCGCCAAUAGCAACCCCACCACCAUCUUUCGUAAACCCCCCCACAGCGCCAUUUCCUCCACAUAUGAACUGCGGCAGGGCAGACAGCACUCCUAGCUACGAGUCAGUGACAGACUCCCCUGUGUCUGCUUCCUUGUUGGUUCUCUACAUCAUCGUGGCUGUGCUGGCAGGGUGUGCAGUGCUCUGCUGGUGCUGCUGGUCCCCCGGGUGGUUUCUGUGGCGCUUAAGUAUCUUACGCUUCUUGCCCUGCUGCAACACGGUCUGCACCUCCUGCCAGCUCUGCACUGGCAGCUGCAACCACGGCAAGGAGCACCGCUUGGCAAAAGUCACCCCACAGUCGCCAGUGAGCAGGACACCCGCAGCAACGGCCCCCACCACCAAUGCUGACGAAACUGUUUCCGCCGCUGCUCUUUAGACAGAAAGGGCUGCUUGGUCACCAGAGGCGUCUUGUGCGGUGAGGCUUAGCAGUGGUCGCUAGUGCAAUGGACACGGACUCCAAUCUUUUCAGUGAAAAAGGGUCUGAUGUAAUGAGAUGAAUGCAUCAGACUUACAAGCCUUUUGUGCUUUAAAGGUGUUCAUGCAGGGGAUGGGAAGCGGGCUGAACCCCACAAAAUUAGACUUUUCUCACUUUUCAAGAGUUCUUUUAUGUGUAUGAUGAUGACACACCAGUGUGAUAUACUUUCAUUAUGUUUCAUGACUAUUAUUGGCUGGCAGGAAGCACAUGGGUCUUCUGCCUUACAGCGAGGAUUUCGGUGUUUCUCUCAACUCAAUUUACCAAAUAUGGCUACCCGAUAAAAAUAUUUCAUAUUUUAUGCGAGUAGAAAAGUACCC